GCGACGUUUGGUGGUGACGUUAUAUGCACGCGACAGGAUAAAAGCGGGACGUUCGUGUUUAUGCGAGGAGUUACAAGAAUAAUGCUUACAAAUUCACUGAGUCAGGUGUAAUUGAAGAGCGCUGAAUGAGAUGGCCACACAAAGAGUCCUCCCGCAAAGCAAAGAGACUCUUCUGCAGAACUACAACAAAAGACUUAAAGAUGACAUCAGGUCAAUUCUAGACAAUUUUACGGAAAUAAUCAAAACUGCCAAGGUGGAAGAUGAGACCCAGGUUUCCAGGGCAACACAAGCUGAGCAGGACCACUAUGAAAUGCAUGUGCGAGCUGCCAACAUCGUACGUGCAGGAGAGUCUCUUAUGAAGCUUGUCUCAGACCUGAAGCAGUUCCUCAUCCUGAAUGACUUUCCCUCUGUCAAUGAGGCCAUUAGUCUUCGCAAUCAGCAGCUGCGCACGCUGCAGGAAGAAUGCGACAAGAAGCUCAUCUCCCUGCGUGAUGAGAUCGCCAUAGACCUGUAUGAGCUCGAGGAAGAGUAUUACUCCUCCAGCUGUGGACAGUGGGAUGGUGUUGAGUUGCCACUUUGUGAGGCCUUUCAUCGGCAGGACAGUUGGGGGUCCCCCGCUACAACCCCUGACCCCUCACGUGUCAACACAGAGGAUUCAGAUCACUUGGGUACCCAGGAGUCCAUGCAACGUCACCUCAACGGCCAUGGCAGCAGCACUAGUGAGCAGUCAUGAAAGACGGGCAGUUUCCUUAGUGGACCAACUAGAUUACACAGCGUAACAUCAUAAGCUUCCAGCUGCAGACUUUAAAUCUAGGGACUUGUGAAUUUAAUCAACCGGAAUGAUUUCAUUUGUCCUGCAAUAGUGACACUGAAUAACACUAUAAUAUUUCAAUAUCGCAACUUGAUAGCUUGCUUUGUUCUUAACUCACAUUGGUAUUUUGAAGUGUUUUUGUCUUUCUGUCUGUUUAUUGGCUUAGACUAGUUGGACUGAGUGAUAUUACAACUAUGCUAUACUGAGCCAGCUCUUAAUGUUGAUCAUUGUCCUACAGAAAGUACAGAUUUAUUUCAUGAUAAUGGAAAUUCUGUAAUUAAAUGACUUUGGCACACGCCUUUUAACAAGCUGUUAUAAACUAACAGUGCUUUUGAAAGUUAAAAGUAGACUUCUCAGUAAGCAUGCUGCACAGAAUUAAUGUAAUAGUUCACCAAAAAAUGAAAAUUCUCUCAUCAUUUACUCACCGUCAUGCCAUCCCAGAUGUGUUUAACUUUGUUCUGCUGAACAAAGAUUUUUAGAAGAAUAUUGCAGUUAUGUAGGUCCUCAAAAUGAACGUAAAUAGUUACUGUAAUUUUGAAGCGCCAAAAAGCACAAAGGCAUCAUAAAAGUAAUCCAUAAAACUUCACGGUUAAAUCUAUAUCUUCAAAAGUGAUGUGAUAGGUGCGGAUGAGAAACAGAUCAAUAUUUAUGUCCUUUUUUACUAUCAAACUCAACUUUUACUUUCUUUUGUUUUGGCAAUUUACAUUCUUCGUGCAUAUUGCCACCUACUGGGCAGGGAGGAGAAUUUAUGGUAAAAACUGACUGAAAUAUUGAUAUGCAUUUCACCCACACCUAUCAUAUCACUUCUGAAGAUAUGGAUUUAACCACUGAAGUCUUAUGGAUUACUUUUAUGCUGCCUUUAUGUACAUUUUGGAGCUUUAAAAUGUUGGUACCCAUUCACUUGCAUUGUAAAGAUCUACAGAGCAGAAAUAUUCUUCUAAAAAUCUUUGUGCCUUCAGCAGAAGAAAGUCAUACUCUUAUGGGAGUAAAUGAGAGAAUUUUAAUUUUUGGGUGAACCAUCCCUUUAAAUCUCAGUUUCUCCCUUUGUCCUCACAGAUCAAAAUACACUAUUAAAUUUCACUGUAUGUUACACACUGUAGAUGAUGUGCACUGUAAGGCUUUGCAUUUUUUCAAAAAUGUCAGCCAAGGAAAAGUU